AUGGCCGACGCUGACUCGAACCCCUCUACAGCCACGCACAACUCGCCGCGAACAUGGCUUCUCACUUCAGCUCUGUCGCCCUUAGCUGUCCGGCUCAUCCGACUCCUUCUUUCACAUGGCGACUACGUUGUCGCAUGUCUACCACCCUACGAGAUCGAUCAUGAGGAUCGCAGCGCCGAGUUUCGCGAGCUUGUGAAUGAGUGUAAGAGCUCGAGAAAGGAUCGCGAAGGGUGGAAGGAUCGCAUUCGCGGCAUUCGAUGUGACGGCGCUUCCAUGGGAAGCUGUGGUGCUGCUGUCGCAGAAGCUGUUCAGGUUUUUGGACGGAUCGACAUUUUGUUAUGCUGCAAAUCUGAUGCUGUCGUUGGAACGGUAGAGGAACUAUCAACAACCCCAUUCACACAAAACCUCGUUCGCGACCAAUUCGAGUCUGUCUUCUUCUCUCAGGUCAACUUUAUCAAAUCUGCUCUUCCACAGCUCAGGUCCCAGCAUACAGGGCAUAUCAUUGUUCUGACAAGCACUGGCGGCCACAUUGGCACACCGGGCAUGUCAAUAUACACAGCUGCCACUUGGGCUCUCGAAGGCUUUUGCGACUCACUCGCAUAUGAGAUUGCGCCCUUCAAUAUCAAAGUCACAGUUGUUCAGCCCAACAAGGAGAUUCUGUCCUUAACCAAUCGUCUCACAUUCGCCCCUCAAUUGCCUGCUUAUGACCAGUACCAAGAGUCUGCCCCGAGUAUUCGCGACAUUCUCGCCAACGUCCUCAACACUCAUCCAGAUACGGCUUUGCCUUACCCCACAUCACCAGCCGACUAUGGACCUUCACCAAUGUCCCCACCAAGUAUAUCCAUCGAACCGGAUGUCGCGCCAGGGGAGAUCCUGCAUCGCUAUCCCAAGCUACCGCCUGGCGCAGCAGAUAAGCUGGUCAUGGAGACGGUCCACGCUUUAUCGGCGAUUGGAGGACAUGAGAACCCUCCGGCGCGCCACAUUGUUGGCUAUGAAGCUGCCGUUGCAGUAAAGGAAAAACUCAAAACAGUCACGGAGGAGUUGGAGGACUUCGUAGAAGCGAGUUUGUCUGUGGAUACGUUUGAAAGUGAGUUGCAAGCUGAAGCAAGAGAGAGGAAGCCGUCAGACCAAAGUCCCCAAGGACCACCAUCGUCUGUUGGAUAA